AUGAAUGAGCUUAUCGCUGAUGCAAUGUGCUAUAAAGCGAAGACUGUUUGGUGCGCGCGAUAUGCUAUAAGGCGCGACCCGACCACGCCCUUCGCGCCCCGCCGCUCUCCACCGCGAGGGGUUUCGGCUCCCUCUAGAAACCGGAGCUGGCCGCGAUCGAGCUCAAAAAUGACCGCCGCCAAAAAUAGCGGCGGGGCGCGGGGCCGCUGUGCCGCCGCGCGCGCGCCAGCCGCCAGAGCCGCCCCGGUCGCCGCGGACUCCACAUUCCAACGUCGCUGCGCUGCCGGUGCGAACCAG